GCCCCGAGGCUGCACCGCGUGCUCCCGCUGCUCGCCCUGCAUCAGUCCGCUACAUGGACGUGGUCGCGGAGACACCAUGACGGGACUGGCGCGCGCACUCACACUGCUGGUGGUCCUGCUGGCGCUCGCGGGGAGCUGCGGGGCCCACCGUAAACUCCUCGUGUUUCUGAUCGACGGGUUCCGUUAUGAUUACAUCCACGAGCUGCAGAGCCUGCCGGGCUUCAGGGAGAUCGUGCAGAACGGAGUCAAAGUGGAUUACAUGACCCCGGACUUCCCCAGCCUGUCCUACCCCAACUACUACUCCCUGAUGACCGGUCGCAACUGUGAAGUGCACCAGAUGAUUGGGAAUUACAUGUGGGACAAAGACUCUCUAAAAGAGUUUGUAAUUGGAACAAAUCCAGACAGUCGCUUGCCCAUGUGGUGGAAUGGCUCAGAACCUCUCUGGAUAACCAUGCAGAAACUGGGCAAGAAUGUCUACAUGUAUUACUGGCCAGGGUGUGAAGUGGAGAUCCUUGGUGUCCGGCCAUCAUUCUGUGAGGAGUAUGUUUACAACCCCUCAGAGAAGAACCUGACUGACUCCAUUGAGAAUGCUCUCAAUGUGCUAAAGAGUAAUAAGGCGGACAUGGCAGCUGUUUACUAUGAGAGAAUUGAUGUGGAGGGGCACCACUAUGGUCCUGGGUCACAGCAGGUCCAAAGGGCUGUUCAUGGACUGGAUGUGGCAGUUCAGACGCUAAACCGCAAAAUCAAGGAGAAGAACAUGCAGAAUGAGCUGAACGUCAUCAUGUUCUCUGACCAUGGAAUGACUGAUAUCAAAUGGAUGGAGAAGGUCAUUGAACUGGAGGCUUACAUAAACAUGUCCGACAUCAUAAAGAUGAUGGAUAGAGGGCCAGUCGUUAGUUUGUGGCCCAAGCAAGCACGAUUUGAAGAGAUAUACAGGGCUCUGCAAGUAGUGGAAAACAUGAAUGUGUAUCGGACAUAUGAAAUCCCAGAUCGCUAUCACUACAAGGCCGGAAGGUUCGUCUCACCGCUGACGCUAGUUGCUGAGCCUGGAUGGUUCAUCACUGAGAGCAAAGCCAAGCUGCCCUUCUGGCAAAAUGGCACCGGAGAGGCGGAUGCCUGGCAGCAUGGUUGGCACGGCUAUGACAAUGAAUACGUGGAUAUGAGAGGCUUCUUUUUGGCACAAGGACCAGACUUCAAGAAGAAUUUCCAGGCAGGACCAAUCAGAGCAGUGGAUGUUUAUAAUAUAAUGUGUAACACACUGGGUAUCAAGCCUCUUCCAAACAAUGGCUCCUGGUCCAGAGUGGAAUUCAUGCUGGCGGACUCUGCUGGUGCUACACGGCCUGGGCUGCUUUAUAGCUGCAUGCUGGCAAUACUGACGCUGCUGCUGCUGUCUGCUCAGCUCUAGAACUUUCCUCCUUUUUAGCCCUUCUUUCAUCUGUGCUGUUUAAGGACAUCAAACCGGAGCAUACAGAGACACAAAGACCUACAUGGAGUAUGUAAUUAUUUAAAAUGAGAUAUGCUCAUGUGAUUCAGUGCAGUGUUCACAAACACAGUCAUAAAUAUAGCCAGUUACUUAAACAUGUAGAUAAAGGAUGAACUCUUUGCGCCUGUACAAGAAAAACUGAAACAUUAAGAUCGUGAGGACAAAGAGAUUUUUCAAUUUAUUUGAAUACUUUUUAAUCUAUUCUAUGAAAUUGUGUUGCACGAUGUUGCAUAAUAUUUUGUAUCCCGCCUGAAUGUCUGUUUUUGUUUGAAUGUCAUACAAUUAUGAAGGAUGCAAUGUUUUUCAUAUUCUACCUAUGAUACCCAGAAUCUUUGAAGUCUCUAUUGUUUUGAAUGUAAGUGAACAUAUUGGUUGUUUAUUUUUCAUUGAAAAUCUCCAUUAUCUCUUUCUCAUCACUAUUUCCUUAAUUUCUUUGUAAGAUCAUCUGUCUGGGUCUUUAAACUAAUUUUAGUUUUCUCAAUAAAAUAAAAUACAUAUAGACUUGUUGACCCGAAACAUAAUGCAACCUGUAUUGCUGCAAAACUCACUGAGAGUUUCUACAGUUUCUGAAUCACUUUCUCUGAUUUUGCUAUUUAUAGGUAGAUGUUUGAGUAAAAAUUAAAAUUGUUGUUUUAUACUAUAAACUAUGGACAACAAAAAUACUGUCAUUUAGAGCUUUUAUUUGCAGAAAAUGAGAAAUGGCUGAAAUGACAAAAUAAUGAAACCUUAAAUAAUGAAAAAAGUAAGUGCAUAUUCAUAAUGUUUUAAGAGUUCAGAAAUCAAUAUUUGGUGUAUUAACCCUGGUUUUUAAUCACAGUUUUCAUGCACCUUGCCAUGUUCUCCUUCACCAGUCUUACACACUGCUUUUGGAUACCUUUAUGCCACUCCUGGUGCAAAAAUUCAGGCAGUUCAGUUUGGUUUGAUGGCUUGUGAUCAUCCAUCUUCCUCUUGAUUAUAUUCCAGAGUUUUUUUUUCAUUUGGUAAAAUCCAAUUUUAAGUGGUCUCUUAUUUUUUCCAUAGCUGUAUGCAGAAAAACUGUAUAAAGGAUUACAGGUGUUGUCUGAUUAGACACAUGUAUAAAAGCGCUUUUCCAGUUGCCCUAUGGAAAGGCUCUCAGAGGAUACUUUUGUGUAGUGCACCUCUUGGUGAGAGAUUGUUGUCGCACAUCAUUGGAUUGAGAAAAGCAGGAGAGCUGUUUUGAUAAACUGCCUGCUAUCUGGGCCAUCUG